AUGAGGGAGGGAGAUAUUUGCUCGGCAAAGCACGCGGCAGAGAUAAAAGAAGAAGCGUUACCCAAUACUCGCACCGAAGCCGCGCCGGAGUCCGGUGGGCGGGGAACUGUUUCUUCAGCCAUGGCAGCGUCGGGCUGGAUUAUGGGGAAGGUCAAGGCCGUGCCUUCCGGCGACACCCUGGUAAUCAUGGGGAGCGCAAAGGCGGAGAUGCUCCCACCAGAGAAGUCGAUCACCUUGUCGUCGAUCAUCGCUCCAAGGCUGGCAUCGCGUCAUGGAACGGAUGAGCCGUUCGCCUGGGAUAGUAGGGAAUUCCUGAGGAAGCUUUGCAUUGGACAGGAUGUUAAGUUCAAAGUGGACUACAUAAUUGCUGCUUCAGGCCGUGAAUUUGGUAGGGUUUAUCUUGCUGGAGAUCAGAACAUUGCGGGCCUGGUUGUCGCCCAGGGGUUCGCCAAGGUAAAAGAGCAACGUCAGAAGGGUGAGACAAGUCCAUAUGUCACAGAGUUGCUAAGAUUGGAGGAGAUUGCUAGAAACCAAGGUUCAGGUUGUUGGACUAAGGAACCUGGGGCUGCGGAGGCUUCAGUAAGAAUUCUUUCAUCAUCAACCAUUGGAGAAGCCAACCCUUCUGGUACAAAGGGUUUUGUUGCUGAGAUGAAAGGGAAGGCUUUGGAGGCCAUUGUUGAGCAAGUGCGUGAUGGUAGCACUAUUCGUGUCUACUUGAUUCCUAGCUUUAGUUUUGUUCAGGUUUACGUUGCCGGUGUUCAGGCUCCAUCCAUGGGAAGACGACUCCCAAGUGCGGUUGCUCCAAAAGAAGUAGCUAACAAUAUUGAUGUGAAUGGGAAAGCAUCUCGAGAAGCUCAAGCACCACCAAUAUUGGGGACGUUACAGAAGCCCGUAGCAUCUGCAGUUACUUAUUCCGAAAUUCCACCAGAUAGGUUUGGUAAGGAGGCAAAGCACUUCACUGAGACAAAAGUUCUCAAUAGAGAAGUGCGGAUUAUACUGGAGGGAACAGACAGUUUUAAUAACAUGUUUGCAUCAGUGUAUUAUUCUGAUGGAAAUACUGCCAAGGACUUAGCGCUUGAGCUUGUAGAAAAUGGAUUUGCAAAGUAUAUGGAAUGGAGCGCGAACAUGCUUGGAGCUGAAACCAAAAGAAAGCUUAAGAAUGCUGAACUUCAGGCUAAGAAGGAACAGCUAAGGAUAUGGACGGGAUAUCAGCUACCUGUUACAAAUACAACACCGAUACACAACCAGAAAUUCACGGGAAAAGUCAUAGAGGUAGUGAAUGGGUACUGUAUAAUUGUUGCUGAUGAUAUUUUACCUGCUGGAAGUCCUUUGGCAGAGCGGCGUGUAAAUCUUUCUAGCAUCAGACCUUCUAAAUCAGUUGAUUCUUUGGGAGAAAGCAAAACGAUUGAACAUUUUGCACGUGCAGCCAAGGAAUUUUUGCGCACACGGCUAAUUGGCAAACAGGUUCAUGUCUCAAUGGAGUAUUCCAGGAGAAUCAACAUUUCAAAUGGACAAGUUGCUGCAGACAAAACCAACUUAGUUGACACCAGAACUUUGGAUUAUGGAUCUGUUUUUCUACCCUCCCAGGUUGGUAGCUCUGGCAACCUACUUGGAGCCAAUGUCGCCGAGCUCUUGCUUUCACGAGGAUUUGCUGAUAUCACAAGACAUCGGGACUAUGAGGAGAGGUCACACCACUAUGAUGCACUCUUGGAAGCCUAUUCGCGUGCUGAAAAAGUGAAGAAAGGAUAUCAUGCCAAAAAGAAUUAUCCCGUGACUCAUAUGAAUGAUUUGACAACGGUUCCUGCAAAGAAGGCGAGAGAUUUUUUCCACUUGUUACAGCGAAAUAGAAGGCACUCCGCUGUUGUUGAGUACAUUUUCAGUGGGCAUCGCUUCAAACUAACAAUACCUAAUGAGACAAGCACCAUUGCCUUUUCAUUCUCGUGUGUUCGGUGCCCUGGUAAAAAUGAGCCCUACUCAGAUGAUGCCAUUGCUCUAAUGAGGAGAACAAUACUCCAACGUGAUGUCGAGAUUGAGAUUGAAGCCGUGGAUAGGACUGGGACAUUCUUAGGUUCCUUAUGGGAGUCCAAGAACAAUAUGGCUUCUGUUCUUCUUGAAGCCGGCCUAGCCAAGCUUAGUUCUUUUGGAAUUGACAGAAUCUCAGAUGCUCAAACUCUCAUAAGGGCAGAAAAGUAUGCACAACAAAAGAAAUUGAAGGUCUGGGAGAAUUACAAUGAAGCAGAAGGGAUUCCCCAAAGAUCGUUGACCGGACAAAAUGGAAAACAAACUUUCAAGGUUAUUGUAACUGAAGUCAUUGGUGGUGGAAAGUUCUAUGCCCAGAUAGUUGGCGAUCGUCGCUUGGAUAACAUUCGACAAGAGCUGGCUUCUAUGAAAUUUAAUGAUGCAUCAGAAAUUGUUCCAUUUAAUCCAACCAAGGGAGAUGUGGUGCUAGCCCAAUUCACUCUCGAUAAUUCUUGGAACAGAGCCAUGAUUUUGAGUGAACAUCAAGGACCCACGGAGAGGGAGUUUGAAGUAUUUUACAUUGACUACGGAAACCAAGAAAUAGUUACUUACAGUUGCUUGAGACCUGCACCUGCAAAUCAAUCUACCUCCUUGAUUCCUCCACUAGCCAAGUUAUUCCGUCUCGCGUUCAUCACGGUUCCUAACCUGACGGAUGACCUUGGUGAGCAAGCUGCAAGGUACCUAAGCAUGGUCUUGCUUGAUAACGAGAAGGAGUUCAAAGCAACAGUUGAAGAGCGUGGCAGUGUGGGAGCUAGGCAAGAAGGACAAGGGACCGGAGAAGUGCUUAUCGUGACUUUGCUCGAUGAGGAUGCAGAAAGCAGCGUCAAUGCUGCAAUGCUGGAGAAUGGCUUGGCUCAGAUGGAGAGAAAGAGGUCGAACUCGUGGGACAGGAGGGGUGCCGUGAAAAAUUUGGAACAGUUUCAGGAGCAUGCGAAGAAGGAGCGUCGCGGCAUUUGGCGUCUUCGGGGCACGGAUGUGCCGGCUCGAGCUCAGCCUCCUAGCAGGGGCUUUGACCUGAUCGGUCUCAUCGCUUCCAAGACCAACAAAACCUCCAAAUAA